UGUAGGGGACAAGGGGGUGUGGGGACAUGGGAGCCCAGUGGAGGACAUGGGGGCCCCAAAGUGAACCCCAGUGGGGACACGGGACCCCAAUAGGGAGCACAGGGACAGCAAUGGGGACAGAGCAGGGACAUGGAGACAUUAAAAGAGCCCUGCUGGGGACACGGGGCCCUUGAAUGGGGACCCCAACCAGGACGUGCCUGUGGGGACACCGGGGCGUGGGGCCAGCAGCAGAGUGGAGGGGCAGGGCUGGCAGGUCCCGCCGUGUCCCCGUGGCUGUGACACACCUGUCCCUGUGCACUGGCACAGUCCCAGCGGCCACAUCCCUCCCGCGGGGCUUUAAGAGCCCUGCCAGCACCGCCUGGCCACUGUUCCCGUCCUCAGCCCUGUCCCCUGCCAUGGCCCCAGCGCUGCUGCUGCUCCUCGCCCUCCUUGGGACCCCCCCAGUGGCCACAGGUUUGGGGGCCCCGGGGGGGGGCUGUGGGGUGCCCCCCACUGCCUGGUGCCAGGACUGGGUGACGGCGCUGCGCUGUGGGGCCCUGGGGCGCUGCCCCCACCUCACCCAGGGACAUCCCGACAUGGACAUCUGUGCCUCGUGCCUGCAGCUCUUCACCUUCCUCCGCCAGGCCUCCAAUCGAUCGGCCCUGGAGGUGGCUCUAGAUAAGGUGAUGGGCAUUCCGUGCCUGUAUCUCUCUGUCGUGGUGACCCCAUGCCAGGCCCUGGUUCGGGCUCUGGUCCAUCACCUCCUGUGGCAGAUCCAGCACCUUAAGCCCUGGCAGGUCUGUGCCACACUCCGGCUGUGUCGCGGAGAGCCCGGGGCCGCCCUGGCCGUGCCUGUCCCUGAGGCGCCCAGCACCCACCCACAGGGCUCCGUGCUGGCCCCGGAGGCGCUGCCGCUGCCGCUGCCCAUGUGCUGGCUGUGCCGCUCGCUGGUGGCACGGGCUGAGGCUGCUGUCCCGGUGGGCUCGGUGGCCGCGGCGGUGGCCGGGCUGUGCCGGGCGCUGCCGCUGCCGGUGGCCGGGGCGUGCCAGUGCCUGGCCGAGCGCUACGCAGCCCUGGCCCUGGAGGGGCUGCUGGGCCGGCUGGGACCCCGCCUGCUCUGCCGCCUGCUCCUCGCCUGUCGCAGCGGGGACAGCUGGGACGAGGACGUGGGGACGCUGCCACCGCCCGGGAUGCUGGAGACCAUCGUGGUGCGGCUGGCGGAGUGUGUCAGCGAGGAGGACCCCAAAGGUGUCGGUGUCCCUGCGCUGUCCCUCCCCCUGGGCCCCUGUGCCCUGGGCCCCAUCUUCUGGUGCUCGGGCCCGGAGGCCGCCCGGCGCUGCCAGGCCCUGCAGCACUGCCAGGAGCACGUCUGGCUGUAGGGGGGCACCAGGACCCCCCAGCAUUGCACAAUAAAGUCUGGAUGCACCUCAGUGUUUUGGGGUGUUUUGGGGUGU